ACAUUGUUCGCCGGAGCCGACGGGGCGAACAUGGCCUGAACGAGGUCACGGCCACUCGUCGUCUUGGCUACCUGGUCGUUGUGGCGACUUUCAGUUUGGCAUGAAAUUGCUUGAUGAUGCGGUUCGACGUCCCGCUUGGAUUCUGGCGUUGGGCGCAACUUUUGGCUGUCGUGUUGUCAGGCUAAAUCGUGUGGCAUUUCUGAGGGCCCGUGGGCUUCGGUUUCGCCAUAAAUGGGCCUGCGUUUCUCGGCGCUCCGGCGCCUCGACGUCAACGUUGGCUGUCGCUAAACGGCGCCAUGGCACGGAAUGCGAAGCCGAGAUUCGAAUGUUGCUUCUUCUUCAUCUGGCCUGA